UACCCCGCCCAGAUCCCGCUUAACUCCGCCCAAUACGGUGUUUACCAAUAAGAUGCCAGCUUGUGCCGCGGAGGAUUUUGGGUAGUUUCCCUAGUAACGGUUGUUAAGAGCUCCGCACCUGUUUCGGAAGUGCCCGGGAAGAUGGUGAAGCAGACCAUCCAGAUCUAUGCCCGGGUGAAGCCGAGCCGGAGGCCGCCCGGGAUCUAUUCGGUUAAUAAUGAGGAGGCCGCGUCUUCCCUGGAGAUUAUCGUCCCACGAGACCUGGCAGACGGAUUUGUCAAUAAUAAGCGGGAGAGCUACAAGUUCCGGUUUCAGGAGACUUUUGACCAAGAAACAAAGCAAGAAACCGUAUUUGAAAGCAUCGCAAAGCCGGUAGCUGAAAGCGUGCUUACCGGCUACAAUGGCACCAUAUUUGCCUACGGGCAAACUGGCAGCGGCAAAACAUUCACCAUCACUGGAGGAGCCGAACGUUACAACGACAGAGGAAUCAUCCCCAGGACAUUGUCCUAUAUAUUCGAGCAGCUUCAGAAGGACAGCAGUAAAGUCUACACUGUGCACAUCUCAUACCUGGAGAUAUACAAUGAAUGUGGCUACGACCUGCUGGACCCAAGACAUGAAGCCUCCAAGUUAGAGGACCUCCCGAAGGUGACUAUUAUGGAAGAUCCAGACCAGAACAUUCACCUGAAGAACCUGUCACUGCAGCAGGCCACCACCGAGGAGGACGCCCUGAACCUGCUCUUCCUGGGAGACACCAAUCGAAUGAUAGCAGAGACUCCAAUGAACCAAGCCUCCACCCGCUCUCACUGCAUCUUCACCGUACACAUCUCCAGCAAGGAGCCCGGCUCCGCCACCGUCCGCCGCUCCAAGCUGCACCUCGUGGACCUGGCCGGAUCCGAGCGGGUGGCAAAGACUGGAGUGGGGGGGCAGCUGCUGACCGAAGCCAAGUACAUCAAUCUGUCCCUGCACUAUCUGGAGCAGGUUAUUAUUGCGCUGGCUGAGAGGAAUCGCUCGCACAUACCGUACAGAAACUCCAUGAUGACCUCUGUCCUCCGGGACAGCCUCGGGGGGAACUGUAUGACAACCAUGAUCGCCACCCUGUCCUUAGACAAGAAGAACAUUGAUGAAUCCAUCUCCACCUGUCGCUUUGCCCAGAGAGUUGCGCUUAUCAAGAACGAAGCCGUCCUGAAUGAAGAGAUAGACCCUCAGCUGAUGAUCGGACGUCUCAAGAAAGAGAUUCAAGCGCUGAAAGAUGAGAUCGCCCUGAUGACUGGAGAGCAGAGGACGACGGACCUGACCCCGGACGAACUCCAGAGGCUUGAGGAACAACUCCAGAUUUUUCUGGAUGACCAGGACCCCGAGAGUCUCCUGGAUGUGGGGGCAGACAUGAGGAAGAUUCAGUAUUGUUUUGGCUUCUUUAAGAGAGCUCUCCAUGAAAAGACAGAAUCAGUCAACCAGGUGACCUCUCCAGAAAUAUCCACGGAAAGACCUACAACAUCUUCUGCCCAUUCAGAGGAGAUAAAGAAGCUUCGAGAUCUCCUGCAGCAAAGAGACAACGAAAUCAAUAUCCUGAUCAGUAUGCUGAAGAAGGAGAAGAGGAGGAAUCUGGAGUCCAGCACUCUGCUCCGGCCAAACACAGGGCCAAAUGUGGAAGAGCAGUCUACAAAGAGGGGCCCACAGUCACCUGCAACUCCAGACAACAGGACCAGCGCCCCCCACAGGAAGACAGCAGGGGCGCAUAUGUCUCUUGGUCGCCAGGAAGCAUUCGAAAUUUUCAAGCGGGAUCAUCCGGACAGAGUCAGCAUAGAAGACAACAAGGAAUUGCUGAAACAGAGGUGGGCGCCAUGGGCUGAUCUCUGCUUGCUUUCUGUGGAUAGAAACAUUACUGAGUUUCAAGCUUGUUACAAGAAAGAAUGCUGGAUACAUUGUCGGCAGAACAUGCUGGUGCUAGGACCGCUCGAAAAUGAGUCUCCGUAG